AUGCCAUCCAUCUACCACCAGCCGAGGCCAGUCCUCCCCUCACAGGGGAUGCCGCAUGCUUCAGAGUAUAUGGACGCAAGGCGAGGCGUUAACGGUAUUCGCCAGCCUCUGCGGGAGGCCGCUGGUAAUGCUCAGGCGCAUAGCUUCAAUAGCAACAUCCCAUGUUAUCAGACUCCUCCUGUAUCUUCGAUACCACCAACCAUUCCUACUCAUAUAGUUCCAUCCCAAUCUAUCGAGGUUCUCUACUCUAGGCUUCAAGCACCUCGUCACCAGCCCCGACAAACUCGCAAAGGCCGACAGGAGAUCAACCCUCUCUACUUUUGUCCAGCUUUCAAACAGUACCGCAACAGACAAGCUCACAAAGACACUCAAAAAGACAAAGGAGGCGUUUGGAGACGCCCCGAACUUGAAGAUGCCUUUGUUGACUCGGUACUCCUCAUGCCUCACAUGGGCCGGCGGAAGUUUUCCAUGGCCGGAAAGCUGCAUGGCCGGAAUAUGCUGAUUAGCGAGUACAUCUUCGUCAUCUGCGUGGAGCUCCUUGGUAGCAAAGAAAUCUUUCGCAUCGACAACAGCAGUGACAGCAUUGAGCAAAUGGGACGCAAACAAGUGUCCAGUCACAUGCAAGUAGUCAAGAAAUUUUUCGAAGAUUUACGAUGCUUUCACUUUCUUUUCCCUUCUGAGGAGAAAAAGGAACCUGGUUCCACUAAUUCUGACGAUUAUUACGACGAAGAGGAGCAAGAGUCGUUCAAGUCCAACCCCAUCUUGACGGCGUUGGCUGAAGGCAGGGUGCCGGAUGUGAGACCAAACUACGACUAUUUUAAUCAGCUAUUGUCACUGCAGAAAUUGAUCACAGUACGUCCCAAGACGUGUGAGCUCCUCGUGUCUUCGGCAGAGAUUGAAAUCCGCGACGAUGUUGCGUAUGACGCACACAAUACGCCCUUGGACCAGGACUCGUUUCCUCAUCUGAAAAAAUAUACGAAUCACGAAGACUUCCCCGAUGCUCUCGGUAAAGAUGUCUUACUCCAUGAGUACACCAGAGCCCUAGACCAGGCCACAUCAGCAUGCGCGAAGACGGUGACUCGACGAUGGGCAAAGGAUGCGCCGGCCAUGCAUGAGACACUGGACCUGCCAACGGAGGACGAGGACUGCCUUCUUUUGGAAAUAUGUUCGACCUUGGAGCUGCACGAACACGCAAAGUUCCCCCAGGGGUCAGAGCUCACUGGAUUUGUCGAGGUGGCCAUCACGCAGCCUCACCUGCAUCAUCACCACUGGAAGUGCGUUACCCGAUUGACCCGACCAGAUGAGUUGUACAGCGACGACGCAAAGCGCGGCGUUUACACCAAUGAGAGCGGCAUCCACCAUCGGGGAUGCAGCGAUUCUAAAAAUGACUGCAGCUGCCACCUGCGGCCCCGGCAGGAUAUCCACGUGCCUUUCCCUGCUGUGGAGUGGGCCAGCAUUUUGAGCACAGCCGUGCAAUAUCCUGAUGUGGAGCACCAACGAAAGAAGGAGAAGCGCCAUGAACCAAAGAAGCACGAGCUGGAGAGGACCGGCAGUAAGCGAAAGAGAUCUGAGGACGAGGGAGAUGCGGCUUCAUGGGGCCGCCGAGAGCCAACAGGCAGCGAUCUGAUCUGCAAGGUUGCCAUGUAUCAAGAGCUAUGGUCCCGCGCGCCAGACUCACCGCAGUGGAAGCGACAGGCCAUCAUCUUCUGGCGCUUCAACACCACCAACCAGUGGUACAAGUACAACCCAGUCUUCAAGCCGUCGGGAACAUCAUGGCGAUGGCUGACGAUCAACGACCCCAUGUCGCGGUACCACCAGCAAAAGGCCUUGGUAUACCCUUCGGCCAACAUGUCGAGAGAUGUCGUCAUGUCACCGACACCAAGCAUGAGCCAGCAGCUCACGGGCAUCAUGGCUGGGAAUCUGAGCUCGGCAUGGGACAGCGCUUCAGGCGUUGCGCCAGUGCCACCCGUGCAAACAAACAUCAACGUGUUUGACUUUCCGGGAGGACUGGCGACGCCGCCACCAACAGCGACCAUCCAUGGCCCUUAUGCGGGCGGGAGCUUUAACCCCAGCAUGGGUGCCAAUCCAGAUGUGAACAGCUACCUGCCAACGGUAGGCACAGCCGUGGGCGGGCCAGCCAGUGACCGUUCACACUCCUUGUCGUUGGCUACCGGGCCCUCGUACUUUGAGGGGCCAGCAGGCUUUGCGGAUAUGAAGCCACUGUCAACGGCUAGUGUCAACCAAUUCCUACCCCAUACCACGUCGCUGGACCCGUCCACUCAACUUGUCUACGACGACGCGACCGGCCUCCAGGGCUGGGACAUGCCGGCUCUGGAUAGCUGGCCCGGCGCACCUACCUCCACUCCCACGGGCAACGAAUGGAGCACAGCGCCCUCGGCGCAGCCCAGAGCGGAUCCGGGCGACCACUCGGGACUAUGGAACCCAAGCCCAUGGCACAUCACAAGUGUCACAACACCAUCAUCUGCGGUUGGGGCUGAGCACGACGACAGCCCUAGAUCAAUGAAGAGGCGGCGGACAGAGCCUGCACUAAACGCACAUGUUCUUAUGCCUCCGAGUGAAUAUCAUGCCAAUUUCUAG